AUGUACGGUCUUCUCUGUGAGAGCCUACACGACUUCAUUAAGGAGUCGUACGGGGACGAUGUGUGGAAGUUAGUGAGGGAGAGAGCAGAUGUCAGGCUACACUCCUUUGUCACACACCAGGUCUACAGCGAGAGUGUGAUUCCACGCAUUGCCAAGGCUGCAAGUGGAGUGACAGGAACACCCUAUAAUGAGCUGAUGAACUCCUGGGGCGUCUAUUUCCUGGGCUUUGUGGGGAAAUACGGCUACGACAGGAUUCUUAAGGUUUUGGGCCGUCACGUUCGUGACUUUGUGAAUGGACUGGAUAACCUGCAUGAGUAUCUGCGCUUCAGUUAUCCGAAAGUUCAGCCUCCCACGUUCUUCUGCCAGGAAGAGUCUGCCACUGGAGUCACCCUCCACUACCGGAGUAAGCGUAAGGGUUACCUGCAUUACGCCAUGGGCCAGCUGAGGCAGAUGGGAAAACAGUUCUAUGACACUGACAUUCAUGUGGAGGUCCUGUCGGAGCAGUUGGUGGGAGACUACUCACAUGUUACUAUGAGGUUAAAUUUUGAUAACUCUGCCUACCGGUACAUCCAGAAAGAAGAUGAGGAGGAACAAGAGAUUCUGCCCAUCACUAGUGACUUUUUCUUUGAGGUUUUUCCCUUCAACAUUGUAUUCAGACAGGACAUGGUUGUGCAUAACGUUGGCUCUGGCCUGGCCACUGUAUUCCCUGACCUGGACGGAAAGAAGAUUAAUGACGCCUUUCUGCUGGCUCGCCCCCUGGUGGAGUUCACCUGGAACAUGAUCAUUUCCCAUCCUAAUAAUCUCUUUGAGAUUAUGUCCAAAGAGCCAGUGAAAAGAGAGAGGAACCUUCAUAACAGAGUCCAGAACUCUGAUUAUGAGAAUGCCAAUCGUUCAGCCGAUGUGGAUGUAGAGCUUAUGGCCUUUCAGUCCAUCAUUGGUGACGAUUAUAAAGAUGGGAACAGCGCCAAUGCAAUGGAGAGCUGGGGUGACGGCAGCCGUUGUCUGAAACUGAAGGGCCAGAUGAGAUACAUGCCUGAGUGGGAGUCCAUCAUCUUUCUUGGGACACCAGUAAUGGAGAGUUUGAGUGCCAUGUUCAAGACAGGCCUCUACAUCAAUGACUUGAGCAUGCAUGACUCUAGCAGAGAUCUAGUCUUGGCAGGGACUCAGCAAUCAGAGGAGCUGAAGAGAGCUCUCAUCCAGGAACAGAAGAAGUCCAGUAAACUGGAGGAGAGCAUGAAGAUGCUAGACUAUGAGAUGAAGAAGACAGAUGACUUGCUCUACAGGAUGAUUCCCAAACCUGUGGCCAAAAGAUUGCGGAAGGGAGAGCCCGCCGUCAACACCUGUGAGGUGUUUCCUGAUGUGACUAUUCUCUUCAGUGAUGUGGUGGGCUUCACUCGCAUCUGCAGCCACAUCACACCCAUGCAGGUGGUCUCCAUGCUCAACACCAUGUACACGCUCUUUGACACACUGAGCGAGAAGCACCGGGUUUUCAAAGUCGAGACCAUUGGCGAUGCUUACAUGGUUGUGGCUGGAGCACCUGAGAAGACUAAGUACCACGCCCAUAACAUCUGCGACAUGGCUCUGGACAUGGUGCGCUCCAUUGACCAUCUGAAGGACCCGUCCAAUGGCAAUAACAUCCAGAUAAGAGUGGGCAUCCAUUCGGGCAUGGUGGUGGCCGGGGUCGUCGGCCACAAGAUGCCUCGUUAUGGCCUCCAUGGUGACACUGUCCACACAGCUUCAGCCAUGGAGAGCAAUGGGAAGGAGAUGCACAUUCAGCUGAGCAGUGCCACCUACGAGCAUCUUAAGGGCAGUCACUUCAUCUUCGAGAGGCGAGGAACCAUCACUAUCAAGGGUAAUGUGGAGAUUGAGACAUACUGGCUGAAGGGUAAAAGGGAUAAGGAUGGGAAUGCUCAAGCUGCUUGCCCUCAGUUUGAAGCUCAGACUAUCAGCAAAGCCACCAUCUCUGCACCAGAACCCUCUAUUGAUGAAGAAGUACUGGUCUUCCCAUCGGUUGCUGGUGAGGAUGAUGAUGAUGUGAAGUCUAUCCGCUCCCACCGCAUGAAAAUGGAAACUUCUGGAAACUCUCUUGAGGAGUCCAUGGAGGAGUGUCGAGUGGAAGAAAUGUCUGUGAGUAAGUCUCAUUACAAGGACACACUGCAGGAUGGCAGUCUACAGGACCCGCACAUCGAACUGGACUCCCCGCAGUUUGACGGCAGAGACUCAAUCAUGGAGUCACCGGAAGGUUCCUGCGAUUCCCGCUGUUCUGAGAAAAGCGCCAUGUGCACUGUGUCCUGA